GCUAUACAAUCCAUGUCAUGGAUUCAGCUGAUAUUAUGACCAUAUUUGCAUCAACACGAGGUAACACAGCUGGUUGUGAUGAAAAAAAAGGAAGCUAUUUGAUACAAACAUUUUUGAAAGUUUUGAUAAAAACUACUAAGGAUAAGAAUCUAACAGACAUAAUGAAGAAAGUUCAAAGGAAAAUCAAUAGAACACAAACUCCAGAAUCUAACUUCACUUUUUCCAGAAGUUAUUAUAUUAAAAGUGACACAGAAUUAAAUGCAUUACUUGAGCUAGAAAAAGAGCUUCAGGAAGUAGUUAAAGGAUGGCUACGUCUUCGCGAGCAGACAAUAAAACAAAUCAGAGAACUAGCAGAAAUGUUGCAGGAGCAUCAUCGUAUCAUCAACAAAUUCCAAAUUAUUGGAUUUGUUAUAUGCAGCAUUGGCGUUUUCUUCAUUCUCAUUGGUUCUGCAAUAGAUUUUGGAAUAACACCCUUCACAUUUGGGAUAAAUGUAGCUUGUAUAGGAAUAGCUAUUACAGUAGGGGUACCAUUUUUUUAUAGCUAUGUUAUUGAGAAUAUGAAAAUAGAAAAAGCUCAGAAAAAAUACAGUGAAGAUCAUCGUCAAUUAAAGAAUUUGCAAGAAACAAUUAAAAAGAUGGAGAACAUUGUAGAAAAUGUCUAUAAAAGUAACACCCAAAUCUGGCAAAUUAAACAGAAUGCAGAUAACUUUGUUUCUACCAUGAAACUACUUUAUCCAAAUUCUACCAAAGGUAGUCUUUGUAGGAUAAUAACUCAAUUAGCUAUGGCUGAAAGUCUGGAGGUUGGUACUUCAGCAUUAAGGAAUGGAGGCCUGAAAGCUGCAUUGGCAUUAGGUAAAAUAGUAAUAUUAUUACCAAUCAGUUUAAUACAAAGCAGUUCUAACUCAAUAAGUGUAUCUAUGACUAUCACAAUAAACAAGUUACAAGAACUCGCCUCUGAGCUAGAGGAUCAGAUGGGAAAAGUUGAGCGGAAUAUCAAGAAAAAAUAGCUACAAAACUUCAAUUUAUUUUUGGAAUUGACAAUAAUGAUUAGUCUGUAAUGAUUUCUAGUGUCAUUUAGUUAUGUUUGUAGUUUUUUGACAUUCACUAUCAGCUGUUUAUAUUAAAAUAAUUACAAAUGUUAAUCA